GGGCUGGGGUGGGGCGGAGCCGCAAACCCUUGGCGGCCAGCGGGACAGACUGGCUGUGGAGCGAUUGACAGGCGCCAGCGCAGCUCUGGGGCCCUGGCAGAGUUGGACCCGGCUGCGGCAACGCGGAGAGUGGAGGCGCCGGGAUGUGGAGCGGGUUGGGGAUGGUGGAUGACAAAGAUGCAUGAGUCCUGCCUUGGCCCCUAAGAGAGUUCGUGCUUGGCCAUUCUGCCCUUGUGACAGUCGGUUACAGCUGGUAGUGGCUCUAUUUUACAGAUGGACAGACCGAGGCUCGUGUGACAGCCCACCCCAACAAGACGAGGGCCUCCCUGUGGGCCUCUCGGCCGUUUCAGUCCCCUGGAAAAACCUGGACCCUGGCAAAGGUAACAGGGAGCCCCCUGGAGGCCUGGUAGAAGCCUCUGCUUCCCGGGAGGAGACCCAGGGUGAGGGACACGCAGCUGCCCCACUGGACGUGUCACGCCUGCGCAGCUCUUCCAUGGAGAUCCGAGAGAAAGGCUCAGAGUUCCUGAAGGAGGAGCUAUACAAAGCCCAGAAGGAGCUGAAGCUGAAGGAUGAGGAGUGUGAACGGCUUUGCAAGGUUCGUGCACAGCUGGAGCAGGAGCUGGAGGAGCUGACAGCCAGCCUGUUUGAGGAAGCCCACAAGAUGGUCCGGGAAGCCAACAUGAAGCAGGCAGCAUCAGAAAAGCAGUUGAAGGAGGCUUGGGGCAAGAUCGACAUGCUCCAGGCAGAGGUGACAGCCUUGAAGACACUGGUCAUCACAUCCACACCAGCCUCUCCCAACCGUGAGCUCCACCCACAGCUGCUGAGUCCCACCAAGGCCGGACCCCGAAAGGGCCACUCACGCCAUAAGAGCACCAGCAGUUCCCUCUGCCCUGUUGUGUGCCCCACUGCAGGGCGUAUCCCCACCCCAGACAAAGAAGGCAAGGAGCCUGGGCUGCCCCCUCUACUCUCCUUGCUCCUGUGCGUGAUCCCCAGCAAGGCCAUCCACCUCACCUACGAGCCGACCUGGCAGCUCCCAUCUGGGGAGCCGCCCACGACCCCCAACUCCGAUACCUCUCUCUCCUUUUCCCGACAGGUGGAUACAACCCUGUUUGCAGAGUUCCAGGCUUGGAGGGCAUCACCUACCCUGGAUAAGAACUGCCCCUUCCUGGAAAGGGUAUACCGGGAGGAUGUGGGCCCCUGCCUCGACUUUACAGUGCAGGAGCUCUCAUCUCUGGUGCGGGCUGCUGUGGAGGACAACACGCUCACCAUCGAGCCUGUGGCUUCACAGACUCUGCCCACUGUGAAGGUCCCCACUGUUGACUGUAACAAUACCAACACAUGUGCCCUGAGUGGACUGUCCCGUACCUGCCACCAUCGGAUCCGCCUCGGGGACUCUAAGAGUCACUAUUACAUCUCACCAUCCUCCCGGGCCAGGAUCACUGCAGUAUGCAACUUCUUCACGUACAUUCGCUACAUCCAGCAAGGCCUGGUUCGGCAGGAUGCUGAGCCGAUGUUCUGGGAAAUAAUGAGGCUGCGGAAGGGGAUGUCACUAGCCAAGCUUGGCUUCUUCCCCCAGGAGGCCUAGGGCAUGGCCCCAGGCCUGAAGUAGGCUCUGAGCUAGAGCAAACAUCUGCCUUGGGACAGACAGACAAGAAUUCCUGGAGCCAGCUCUGAGCCAGAAGAUGAAGGACAGAGAAACAGCCAGGCUGUAGAGACAGUACUGAGCCAAUACCACCCAUCCCACCUGGGACAGACAGAAGGACAGCCUGGCCUGGACUUCAUGAGAUGACCCUCUUGCACACUGGGCUCUGUAGCCACCAAGAGGAUCUCAAGAAAGCACCAAAGACCAAGGAGCUUGGAGCCAUACUGAGGAGAGGCUAAGCCUCGGGGAGGGGACACUUGAGCAGGCCCCUCCACAAGUCCCUGAUUCUUACCAACGCUGUUCUAGGAGGCUGGAUCUCCCCCAUAGCUUCUAAGUCCUGGAUCACUGGCACCCCCUUGUGGCCAACUCUCACUCUGUUUCCCAAGUGGCCUCAUUAGACUGCCCCAGUGGUAAGGCAGGUGUCUCCAGUCUGAACAAGGUGGAGGGAUAAUUGCCCCAAAGUGCUCUAAAGAUGAGUUCAAGACCCUUCUUUUAUUCCUCUGCAUAGAGGCCUCCCUCUCCCUGGCCCUCCCUCCCCACUUCAACCCCAUCUGCAGGAGGCCCAGUUCCUAAAAUUACAGAGGUCUGUGCCACCAGGGAAGCCUCAGGAUGUAGCCUGGGCAGCCAUCCAGGUGGCAGGGGCCCUGUGAUUGGGCUGGAUGGAGUGGGCAGGCCAUGCAGGACCUGGACCCUGCUGUACCCAUCACAGCCCACUUGGGAACUGGGCUUGGGGGAUCCAACCUGGACAUAUCCCUUACCACGCCCCUAUUUCCUUCAAGUGGAAUGUAACACGAUCUCUAUUUAAUAAAGGAAGGCUUUGUUGGUAGGGGCUAGGCAGCAGUGGCCUUCACUCCUGCUCCCUAGGGCUCUGGCCAGGGCUUGGGCAUCUGAAGGAAUGAAAUCAAAUCCCUUCCUGACUGGCCUCGUGCUUGGGAUUAACCCCAAAUCCUGAAGCCACCCCCACUGCUGCCACCACUUACUUGCUGUCGGGAAGACUACUGGAGUUGAGGAAUGAGUUUGCCACUCUCCGAGUUCAGCUCUGACCUGUGAAACCCCUAGCCCUCACAGAUGACCCCAGGUCUGCUAGAAGCCUGGUAGUCAAGGCAUCUCGGCUUCCUGGGGCUUGACAGGACAGUUCAGAAUUGGCUGGUGCUACCUGCCUUAGGACUGUGGGAACUACAGAAUUGCUGGGCAUGGCAGACAUAAGGGGAAAGAGGUGGGGUGACCUCAGAGGAGGAAUGAGAGGACGUCUUGUUGGUCCCUGCCCCUGCCCCUGCCCCUGUGGGGCUUUGUGCUUUCUUGGGAGGACGGUACAUCAGAUUCUGGGGUUGGUUGUUGGUAGCCUACAGGCACUUCUCAAUUGGCCUGAGGCCCAGGUACAACUCAGAUGGUAGAUCAGCUGGGGGCUAUCCAGAGCUCUGUCAAGGUCCUCUGCCUUCACAUGUUCUCCGGCCAGUAGCUUGUUCCCAGGACUCUUCUGCCUCUGCUGCACCUCUGUGUUCUCACACCCCUCCCCCUGCUCCAUUAUGAUUAGAAUCUAGAAUCCUUCGCUAUAUCCCUAUCCCGCACAGACACCAGGUCACUGACCAGACCCCUGUCAUAUCCACUCAUUCACUAACCAACACUCGGGUCUCCCCUGUGCUUGGCAUUGGCAAUAAUAAACAUACCAGCAAUACAUCCAGGUUACUGGAUGGAGGAAAGUAAAAGACAAAGGAUGUCAGGGAAGGGAGGACUUGGUGUACCAUACAAGUUCUCCAUGGCAUCCUCUAACUAUGUCAACCCUUGCUCACCUGGGGACAAGGGAGGAUGAAAACCUAAGCACUGGAUUUAAUCUGUCUCUAACUUCUGUGUUUGGGGCCCAGCCUCAUGCAGGACCACAGGAACACCAGGAGACACCCUAGAAGCCCAUGGAGGACCCUACUCCCCUGAUUUACUUGUCCUGCUCCUACAAAGCAUUGACCAUGAACAGACCCCAGGUGGGGCCAUCAACACAGCCACACCCUGCUAGCAGCAGUUAAUAGCCAAGCCCUAGUCAGAGUUCCCAGCCCUCUCUGUGAAUCCAUUAUUUCAGCCUCUUAGCAACGUAAAAACAUGCCAUUAUCCCUCAUGUAAAUGGAGAGAGGCAUUGGAGAACAUAAAGAGGUCCUGAGGUCAUGUUUUAUUUACCCCAGUGGUAGAGGCUCGCCUAGCAAGCACAGGUCCUGGGUUCAGUCCCCUGCUCCAGAAAAAGAAAGAGAAAGAAAGAAAGGUGUUACAAAGACCUAAGUCUCUGGGAUCCAAAGUAUUAACUCACCUCUAAGUUUGUUUGUUUUUUUGUUUUGUUGUUGUUCUGGGCCGGGAUUUGAUUUUGAUUUUGGCUUUUUGAGAUGGGUUUCUUCAUGAAACAGCCUUGGCUAUCCUGGACUUACUUUCUAGAACAGGCUGUCCUCAAACUCAGAGAUGUACCUGCCUCUGCCUCUGAGUGCUAGGAUUAAAGGUAUGUGCCACCAUGCUCAGCUGGUGGGUUUUGUUUUGUUUUUUAAUACUAAAAACUCAAAGUGUGCUGAGGUUCUUUGCCUUUUUAAUUGAUACAGAAGGCCAGGGGUAUAGAUCAGUGGUAAAGUGCUCAAUUCAAGGCCUGGAGUUUGAUCCUCAGAACCACACAUACAAAAGAAACAAAACAAAACGAACAAAAAACAGACCGAGACAGGCCUGGAACUUGAACCUAGGUUUCCUAUACUAUAUCCUGGGAAGUAGCUCAGGCUCUGACUCUUGGAAGCUGACUGGGGAGGUCAUCUGCUAUCAGCCACACAGUUCUUCAAUUUUCUAGAUAACCCACUUGGGUUUUUUUGAAUACUUGGCACAUAGGGAUCAUUUGAGGCCUCCUUGGCCGGCCAUGAGUCUGGCCUCUAGGCAUGGAGGCAUUGAACCUGACUAAUCACUUUUACCUGGUGAAGCACCCUGAGAUAUCUCACUUUACCAUCUGCCAAACCUGCCCUGAUUUGAAUCCUGCCAGGGCCAUAACCUUGGAGCAAGUGGCUUUUCUCAUUUAUGUGUUGGGAUGAUGAUUUUUUUUCCCCCACAAUCUUCCCUCAUUCAUUUCAUGCAUUGUGGGCAUUCAUUUGGUGCUUGUGAGUUGAUUGUGUGUGUGUGUGUGUGUGUGUAUGUGUGAGCGUGUGUGAGUGUACAACCUCUGAUGUUGUGUUGGUCCAUAUUUUCCCCUCUCUCUGAGUCAGAGUCUGUCAUUGUCUGAUGUUGUAUAAGCCAGGCUAGCUUCUGGGAAUUCUCCUGCCUCUGUUUCCCACCUUCCCUUCAGGAGCACGGGGAUUACAGGCAGGAGCCACUGGAUCAAGCUCUGUAACAGUUCUGUGGAUCUGGUCUCAGGUCAUCAGGCUGGCACAGCAAGUACCCACCAAGCAAUCUCUGCCAUACUUACCCACUUUUUAAAACAUGUAAUCUUAUCAUGCAUUUUAAGUGUCGAAUUAUACUUGUGUUAGGGACAUUCACACUGCCAUGAAACCAAUCUACAAACCUUUUAUAUCUCGAAAAACAAAGGCUAUGCCCAUUAAAUAAUUCCCUAUUUUCCCUGCCCCCAGGCUGUGGAUACCAGCAUUCCACCUUCUGCCUCUGUGACUCUAACUCCCUCCUCUAGAGACUUGCUGUAAAUGGAAUCAUAGUAUAUUCAUCUUCCAGUGACUGGCUUGUUUCACUUAAUGUAGUGUCCUCAAUAUCUACCCAUGUUGUAAGAUGACGGGACUUCCUUUUUAAGGCUUGGUAAUAAUCUGUUGUAUGUGUAAUACCCCACUGUGUUUGUCCAUUCAUUGAUGAUAGGCAUGGGUUACUGGUACCUGUUAAUGUGUAUGCAAAUAUCUCUUGAAGACCCUGCUUAGAGUCCUUUUAAUAAAUAACCAUUAGUAAGUAAA